AUGACGACGAUAGACGGUGUUAUGGUGCUUCUCCCACCGCCGGAGGGCUACGUGGUGGACUUCGACAACCCAGCGAGACAAGGCAUACCGGAUGCUUACUUCAUUGCUGGAUUUGGGUUGGCGAUUAGUUUUCUGUUCUUCAUGCAGAGGAUGUAUGUCAAGGUGUUUCUUGUGGGAGGUUUACAGUUGGAUGAUUAUUUACUCAUAUUAUCAUAUUUAAUGGCUGUUACGACAGUAGCAUGUUGUAUUCACAUGUUUGCAGCAGGAGCUGGUGGUGCUCACGCUUGGGAAAUUCCUAUCUCGACAUUUAACAUAUACCUAAGGGACGUCUACAUAUCCGCAGUAAUAUACGUCCCCUGCGGCUCCCUCGCCAAAAUCGCCCUCCUAAUCUUCUACCUCCGCCUCUCUCCUCAACGAUGGUUCAAGAUCGCUGUCUACGCCUCCAUGGUCUUCAUCAUCGGCUACACCAUCGGCCUAUUCUUCGCCCUCUUACUCGCAUGCGCUCCCAUGGAAAAGAACUGGAACGUUCUUGUUGAAGGAACUUGCGUCAAUCUUCCGGCACUUUACUUUGCUACGGCAGCAGUCAAUAUCGCUAGCGAUAUCCUCCUCUUCUUUUUACCCCUUCCUAUGGUCUGUCAACUUCAAUUGCCCUUUAAGCAAAAGAUUGGAUUGAUGUGCAUCUUUACUAUUGGGUCUUUGACUGUUAUUACGUCAAUUGUGAGGAUGUCACUUUUGCCGGGGAUGUUGCAGAGUAUGGACUUGACUUGGGUUAUUGCGUACCCAAGUAUUUGGAUUAUCGUCGAGUCAAAUCUCAUCAUCACAUGUGCUACGAUGCCAACCCUCCGCAAAUUCUUCAAACACGUCGCCCCCAAGCUCAUCGGCGAGUCUCGUUACGGCAGCAAAACAGGACGAUCUUCAAAGUACGGCAAACCAGACACAGCAGCCUCAAAGCACUCGAUCCGAGGAACGUUCGGACCACCAUCAUCUCAGAACCGACGCAAACGAACAAACUAUUCACAAUUCGACGAAGAGAACAGCCCGCCAGCUGACGAGUUUGUCAUGGGACCUGUCAAGGGUGUGGGACAUAACGUCAGUGCGAGUGUAGGAAACCACGACGAUACGCAAACAGCGGCUGGAUGGGGAGACUCGGAUUCAGAGAAGGGAAUUGUCGAGGGGACGGUUAAGCCGGCUAUUAUGCAGACCAAGACGGUCACUGUGCAAUAUGAGCGUUCACUAUGA